AUAACUAGAGAGAACUCAAACUCAAAUGGCCCUGAACUCGUUGUUCAACAUUUUCAAAACGGUGGAAUGACGUUCUGGCUGCAUUUCCAUUUCCAUCACGUGCCUCGGAGGCAAAACCCCAACUCCGCCCGAAAUCGAUUGGCAGCCAAACACAUGUUCGAAGAUCCAUAUUUCGGGUCUGUAAGCACCCCUCUGCAAAAUCCAUCACUAUGAUGCUCCCAGUCGGACCUUUCUAUCAACAUUAAACCACCACAAUCUGCUGCGAACCUUUGCGACUCUAGGCCGGCCCUAUUCAACCCCUGGUUGACGACACUUCACUGUCAACGAUGAGCGCCUCUUCCAGAAUCGUCGUCCGCAAUGCGGCCCAAGCAUCCUUCAUGACCGGAGCACGCGCGUUUCCUCGAUCCGGUCCAUCCUCUGCAUACACAGCAUUCCUGCGUCGCAAUGCUCGAAAUCUCCCAUCCCAGAUGCCAGCGCUGGCCAUUUUGAUCCCUCGCCGUGGAGUAUCGACGGAUACACAUACCAGUGGAGGACCUCCGGCUGGUCCGCCGCCAGGAUUCAACGCUGAGCAGGCAAAGAAGCCACUCAAGGACAUUGAGAUUGCUUCAAAUGCGGCCUCGAAAGCCGCUGCAAAACAGGCGGAAAAGCAUGAGAUAGAUCCGAUUCCGGCGAAUACGGCUACUGCUGUCCCGAAAACCGAUGCCACUGAGGCUCUGACGUUGUCGGAGUUAGCAGGGAAGAAGGCAACGGCCGUCGAGCAGAAGGAUGGCAAGAAAGAAGAAAAGAAGUUGACGUUGAUGCAGAAGGUCAAACGGGAGGCACAACAUUACUGGGAUGGAACAAAGUUGCUGGCAACUGAGGUCAAGAUUAGUACGCGAUUGGCCUUGAAAAUGGCCGCUGGAUACGAACUCAGUCGGAGAGAACACAGACAGUUACAAAGAACGGUUCAGGAUAUUGCCCGAUUAGUUCCAUUUUCGGUCUUCGUCUUGGUACCAUUCGCUGAGCUUUUGCUUCCAGUCGCCUUGAAGUUGUUCCCCAAUCUUCUUCCUAGCACCUACGAAGGUCAGACAUCAAAAGACAAGAAGGCCACCAGUCUUCGAGCCACCCGAAAAGAAGUCAGCAAUUUCCUUCAGAACACUUUGAAGGAAACUGGGUUGCCAUUGACCCCAGCAAAUGCACAGAAGGAGGAGUUCACACAAUUCUUCAGGAAAGUCCGUGCAACUGGAGAAUCACCGACACCAGAGGAAGUCAUCAAAGUCUGCAAGAUUUUCAAGGAUGAUUUAACUUUAGACAAUCUGUCUCGACCUCAGCUUGUUGGUAUGUGUAGAUACAUGAACCUCAACACUUUCGGCACGGAUAUGAUGCUCCGAUAUCAAAUUCGCCAUCGUAUGAGGCAGAUCAAGAGGGAUGACCGCGCAAUCAGCUACGAAGGUGUCGACAGUUUGUCAGUCCCAGAACUACAAAUUGCCUGCAUGAGCCGUGGACUUCGAACCCACGGGGUAUCUCCUGGCCAACUACGGGAUGAUCUUCAAUCUUGGUUGGACCUACGACUCAAGCAUGGAGUACCAUCUACACUUUUGGUUUUGAGCAAUGCUUUCAUGUAUUCUCAAGGCAAGGGCGACUCCGAGUUCCACUCCCAGAUUGACGCGCUUACUGGUGUAUUGUCAUCUAUCCCUGAGGAGUUGUUCCACGAAAUUGAACUGGAAGUCCAUAAUGCAGAGGGUGCAGCUACCAACAAGCAGCGUCUUGAGGUUCUCAAGGAGCAACAAGAUCUCAUUGAAGAAGAGAAUGAGCAGGAUGAGGAAAACAAGGAGUCUGGGAGAGCCACUCCUCGUGAUGAUGAAGAUAUUGAUGAGAAAGAGGAACGCAGAAUGGAGGCAGAGGCCCAGAACGUUGACAAUGACCAAGCCAGCGAAGCUGUCGAAGGUGAGAAGGAACCAGCUGAGGUCAAGAAGAUGGAGGCUUUAAGUUCUGACAAGAAGCCAUCUUAAUCCGAUAAUCGGGAUGCGUCAAAUCGCACAUUUCUUUUGUUGUAUUAAAGCAUUCUGGGACUGGGUCAAAUGCAUGGAAUGUGGAUAUAUAAAGGGACAGGACGAAUCAUAGAGAACCUCGCUAGAAUGGCUGGGCGUUUAAGUUCAGCAAUGUAAAAGAUUCAACUCAAGAUCAAACAU